UAUAUCUUGUUUCAAUCCUCAGAUUGUCCUGCCAUCAUGGUUGCAUGUGGGAGAGCUGCUCUCUGCGUUCUGCUGCUAUUCAGUCUGACUCCGCUGUAUGUGACAGCAGGAAAAAUAUUAAUCUGGCCUGAGGAAUUCAGUCACUGGCUCAACAUUAAAAUCAUCAUAGAUGAGCUUAUAGCAAGAGGACAUAGUGUGACCAUUGUUACCCAGAGUGCUACACCGUCAAUAAAGACAGAUCAGUCUCCGGGCUACAAUGUAAACAUCAUACAGGUGCCUCACAGCAAAACAGAGCUUGUUGACACAUUCGACAGGCUUUUCAAAUACUGGAUGUACGACAUGCCGGAUACUAACAUGAUCCAGCGUUUUCUGAAGCUCACUGAAAUAAUUGACAUGAUGAUGGAGCAGAAUAAAGCUCUAUGCAGAAAACUUUUUACACGUGAAGAUCUGCUGGAGAAGUGGAGAAUGGAAAAGUUUGACGUUCUUCUGACGGACCCUGUGCUUGUAUGUGGUGAACUGCUUGCACAGAAGCUCAAUCUGCCUUUCGUACACACUCUGAGAUUUAGUUAUGGGAAUGGUAUGGAGCGACUCUGUGGCCAGAUACCGGCGCCACCGUCCUAUGUUCCAGCAGCUGGCCUGGGAUAUACAGAUAACAUGGAUUUCCUACAGAGAGUGAAAAAUAUUUUGUUUAUUUUCUUUAUAGAUAUUGCAUCUGGUCUCUUGGCUAUGGUGAAAUGGAAUCACGUCUUUACAGAAGUCAUGGGCAAACCCACAACACGGUGUGAAUCUAUGGGAAAAGCUGACAUCUGGUUAAUCAGAACUUACUGGGACUUUGAAUAUCCACGGCCGCUCCUCCCAAACUUUAAAUUUGUUGGUGGAUUACACUGUAAACCUGCAAAACCUCUACCAAAAGACAUGGAGGACUUUGUCCAGAGCUCAGGAGAUGAUGGUAUUGUGGUGUUUUCACUGGGGUCCAUGAUAAAAAACCUCACUAAAGAGAGAGCGAACACCAUAGCUUCAGCGCUCGGACAGAUUCCCCAAAAGGUCUUGUGGCGAUACACAGGUGAGAAACCAGAAACUCUUGCUCCUAAUACAAGACUCUAUGACUGGAUUCCUCAGAAUGAUUUACUAGGACAUCCUAAAACCAAGGCCUUCAUCACCCAUGGUGGGACUAAUGGAAUAUACGAAGCUAUUUAUCAUGGAGUUCCCAUGGUGGGCCUGCCGCUGUUUUCUGAUCAGCCUGACAAUAUAAAUCACAUGACAGCCAAAGGAGCUGCUGUGAUGCUUGACUUCAACAAAAUGAGAACCGAGGACUUGAAGCAGGCUCUCGAUGACGUCAUUAACAAUCCAUUCUACAAGGAGAGCAUAAUGAGACUAUCCCGCAUCCACCACGACCAACCGAUGAAGCCGCUAGACCAGGCCGUGUACUGGAUCGAGUAUGUGAUGCGCAAUAAAGGGGCCAAGCACCUGAGAGUUGAAGCCCAUAACCUCACGUGGUAUCAGUACCACUGCUUGGACGUUGCUGCCUUUUUGCUUUCUGUAAUUGUGUUAGUCGUGUUCAUCUUUGUGACAACAUGCAGAUUGCUCUUCCGGAAAUGUUGCAGAAAGACCUCAGCAAAGAGCAAGAAAGAGUAUUGUCCUGCCAUCAUGGUUGCAUGUGGGAGAGCUGCUCUCUGCGUUCUGCUGCUAUUCAGUCUGACUCCGCUGUAUGUGACAGCAGGAAAAAUAUUAAUCUGGCCUGAGGAAUUCAGUCACUGGCUCAACAUUAAAAUCAUCAUAGAUGAGCUUAUAGCAAGAGGACAUAGUGUGACCAUUGUUACCCAGAGUGCUACCUCGUCAAUAAAGACAGAUCAGUCUCCGGGCUACAAUGUAAACAUCAUACAGGUGCCUCACAGCAAAACAGAGCUUGUUGACACAUUCGACAGGCUUUUCAAAUACUGGAUGUACGACAUGCCGGAUACUAACAUGAUCCAGCGUUUUUUGAAGCUCAUUAAAACAAUUGACCUGAUGAUGGAGCAGAAUAAAGCUCUAUGCAGAAAACUUUUUACACGUGAAGAUCUGCUGGAGAAGUGGAGAAUGGAAAAGUUUGAUGUUCUUCUGACGGACCCUGUGCUUGUAUGUGGUGAACUGCUUGCACAGAAGCUCAAUCUGCCCUUCGUACACACUCUGAGCUUUAGUUUUGGGAAUGUUAUGGAGCGACUCUGUGGCCAGAUACCGGCGCCACCGUCCUAUGUUCCAGCAGCUGGCCUGGGAUAUACAGAUAACAUGGAUUUCCUACAGAGAGUGAAAAAUAUUUUGUUUAUUUUCCUUAUAGAUAUUUCAUCUGGUCUCUUGGCUAUGGUGAAAUGGAAUCACGUCUUUACAGAAGUCAUGGGCAAACCCACAACACGGUGUGAAUCUAUGGGAAAAGCUGACAUCUGGUUAAUGAGAACUUACUGGGACUUUGAAUAUCCACGGCCGCUCCUCCCGAACUUUAAAUAUGUUGGUGGAUUACACUGCAAACCUGCAAAACCUCUACCAAAAGACAUGGAGGACUUUGUCCAGAGCUCAGGAGAUGAUGGUAUUGUGGUGUUUUCACUGGGGUCCAUGAUAAAAAACCUCACCAAAGAGAGAGCGAACACCAUAGCUUCAGCGCUCGGACAGAUUCCCCAAAAGGUUUUGUGGCGAUACACAGGUGAAAAACCAGAAACUCUUGCUCCUAAUACAAGACUCUAUGACUGGAUUCCUCAGAAUGAUUUACUAGGACAUCCUAAAACCAAGGCCUUCAUCACCCAUGGAGGGACUAAUGGAAUAUAUGAAGCUAUUUAUCAUGGAGUUCCCAUGGUGGGCCUGCCGCUGUUUUCCGAUCAGCCUGACAAUGUAAAUCACAUGACAAGCAAAGGAGCUGCUGUGAUGCUUGACUUCAACAAAAUGAGAACCGAGGACUUGAAGCAGGCUCUCGAUGAUGUCAUUAACAAUCCGUCCUACAAGGAGAGCAUGAUGAGACUAUCCCGAAUCCACCACGACCAACCGAUGAAGCCGCUAGACCAGGCCGUGUACUGGAUCGAGUAUGUGAUGCGCAAUAAGGGGGCCAAGCACCUGAGGGUUGAAGCACAUAACCUCACCUGGUAUCAGUACCACUGCUUGGACGUUGCUGCCUUUCUUCUCUCCAUAAUUGCACUGGUUGUGUUUGUCUUGUUAAAAAUAUGCAGAUUGUUCUUCCGUAAAUGUUUCAAAAGGACCCCAAAAAAGAAUAAAGAAGAGUGAAGAUUGUAGUGAAUUUAUCUGUAUUCAUCAUUACUGUGAUCAUUUGAGAGCUAGAAUGCUGUGUGAUGUUCAUUUUUAUAGUUAUAUCUGCAUCUUGAAACAUGUGGAUUUCUUCAAAUAAAAUUAACAGUCGAUUUUCUUUUACUAGA